AUGGCGACAGCAAACGCCAUGAAUGCCGAGGCAGUCAUGCCCAAGGUCCCAUAUGUUGCCCAGGACGCCGGAAAGGUCUCAGAGAUGGUUCACGCUCUGAACGACGCAAAGGCCUACAACAAGUUCGCAAAGUCAAAGGGCGGUGGCUUCUCCUGCAAGAAGACGUCUUUCAACGUCAAGAACUCCCAGGACGGUGUCACUGUAGACUCCUGGAAGAUGCAGGAAUGGGACUACAAGAAGAGAGGCCUGCCCACAUACGCCAGAGGCCUCUUCACAGCAAGGAAUCGCCGAAACGAGCAUGAGAUUGUGACGCGAGGCUACGACAAGUUCUUCAACGUUGGCGAGGUCAACGAGACAAAGUGGGAAAACAUCAUCCCGAGGACAAAGGGCCCCUACGAGCUCACUCUCAAGGAGAACGGCUGCAUCAUCUUCAUUUCCGGCCUGGAGGAUGGUACGCUGCUAGUGUGCAGCAAGCACUCCACGGGUGAUAGGGCUGACGCUGAGCUUAGCCAUGCUACUGCUGGAGAGCGCAUGAUUGAGAAGCAGCUGGCUGCCCUGGGAAAGACGAAAGAAGACUUGGCUAGGGAACUUCGGGACCGGAAUGCCACUGCUGUGGCCGAGCUCUGCGACGACUCCUUUGAGGAGCACAUCCUCGAGUACGGUCCGGACAAGGCCGGCCUCUACAUCCACGGCAUCAACUUAAACCUCCCCGAGUUCGCCACCUACCCAAGCGCCCUCGUUCAGAGCUUCGGCAACGAUUGGGGCUUCAAGAAUGUCGGCCUGAUUGUCAUGGACGACGUCAACGACGUCAAGAAAUUCCUCGAGGAAGUAGCAGAGACGGGCGCCUACGGCGACCGCGACGUCGAGGGCUUCGUCAUCCGCUGCAAGGAGAGUUACAACCCGGAAUCCGUCCCCUACCGCGACUGGUUCUUCAAGUACAAGUUCGAGGAGCCCUACCUCAUGUACCGCCAGUGGCGCGAGUGCACAAAAGCAAUGAUCUCCGGAAAGCCGCCCCGCUACAAGAAGCACAUCAAGAUCACCGAGGAGUACCUGCUUUACGCCCGCCGGCGCCUCCAGGCCGACCCCAAGCUUGCCCAGCUCUACCAGCAGAAUCAUGGCAUUAUUGCCCUGCGCAAUGACUUCCUCGCCUACAAGAACAUGAAGGGCUCCGACGCCGCUAACCUCGAGCUUGAGGACGGGCCCAACAAUAUCAACGCAGACGUUACGGGAGACGUGAUCCUGUGCCCCAUUGCCACUAUUGGCUGCGGAAAGACUACCAUCGCUGUCGCCCUCCAGCAGCUGUUCAACUGGGGCCACGUACAGAACGAUAACAUCUCAGGCAAGGGCCGGCCGCCUCGCUUCACAAAGGCCAUCCUCGACCUCCUCAAAGAUCACCCCGUCGUCAUCGGCGACCGCAACAACGCUCAGAAGCAUGAGCGCAAACAAAUCAUCACCGAUGUGAAGGUCCAGCACCAGACGGCCCGCCUUGUGGCCCUCUACUUUGCCCACGACAACUCCAACGUCGACGAGGUCCGGCGCAUCACCCAGGAGCGUGUCAUUGCCCGCGGCGAUAACCACCAGACCAUCCAUGCCGCCACCGACGCGUCAAAGUUCCUCGGCGUCAUGGAAGGCUUCAUUAGCCGCUUCGAGCCCCUGGCCGCCUUCUCUCCACCCGAUGACGGCUUCGACAACGUCAUCAACCUCGACCCCACCGCCGGCAGCCGCGAGAACCUCGAAAAGGUCAUCACCGAGCUGCAUCGCAUGUACCCCAAUCUCGUCCCCGAGGUCCCCUCCGCCGACCAACUCGACAAGGCCAUCCAGUCUGCCUUUAUCGAGUACAAGCCCGAGUUCAAGCACAAUAUCCCCGACCGCGGUCCCCGCAAGGACAAGCAGGGUCAGGGUCAGGGCCAGGGCCAACAGCAGGGCGGUGGUCCCAAGACCAAGAAGAAGAAGCCCCUCGAGUACAUGUCCGUCGAGGUGCAGUCCCAAGAGGUCCGCGGUGUCCUCGACGGUGCCUUCAACAAGGUCGACGCCUCCACCUCCCGCUUCUACAAGCAACUCCACCAGACACGCCGCGUCCAGCCCAAGUUCCACGUUACGCUCAUGCACCGCGCCAGUUCGAAGGACAACUCGGAGCUGUGGUCAAAGUACCUCGCCCUAUUCGCCGAGGCGGAAAAGGAGAAUGGUACCCAGGACCAGGCCAACAUCCGGCCCUUGGGCGAGUGCUCCGUCGAGCUCGAGCGGGUGGUCUUUGACGACCGCGUCAUGGCCAUGGUUGUUCGCCUAGUCGACCCAACAGGCCAGUGGAAGUGCACAAACAACGUCGCCCACAUCACCGUCGGCACCCGCGACGACGCCGUCAAGCCAAAGGAGAGCAACGACCUUCUCGCCCGCUGGCUGGACAAGGGCACCGGCGGCGAGACGGGGAUCCAGGAAGUCGUCUUUGAUAAUAAGCCUAACCUGGAGGGAGUCGUCCGGGGCGUUCUCUCAAGGUAA